GACGACGGACCACUUUUGACAUCAUUGUGAGCUUUUCCACCGCAAAACGCGCAGUCUGUUUUGGUCUAAUUAGUUAUUUUACAAAAUCGCAAAAAUGAGAACUUUUAUGAUCCUCGCCUUGUUCUGGCCGGCUCUUGUGAGCUCGUGUGACCUUGUCCCAGUAGGGCCUCCUUCUUGCCUCGACCUCACGAGUACGUCGCACAUCAGUACAGACACACAAUUUGGCCAGUAUAUCGAAGGUUCUGGUACAAAUAGAAAGGGGGAAAUGUUUGCCGUGAAUUAUGGAAACGAUUCCACACUUUUCGCCCUAGGUCAAUUCCAUCCGCAACAACGCCUCUUCUACGCCGACCCUGUACCAAACACGCACUUUAACGGGAUAAGAUUUCUUAACGAUAAUACAGCAUACACCGUGGACGUUGCGAACCAUCGCGUCCUCCAACUAACGGUGAACGAGUACCCAGACGGUCCAACUGUUGUGGGAUCAUCAGUUUUUUGCGCGGAUCCCACCAUGCUCCAACCCAAUGACCUCACCCUGUCCAAACUGGGCACAGUUUUUACGUCGGGGAUGAGAUGGCUUCAGGACACGAAUGACACUCAUGGUGAUAUUUGGAGCUGUCUGCAAAAUGGAGAGGUGAAACGCUUAGAGGUGAUGGGGCGCACCAACGGAAUCGACCUCUCCCCCGAUGAUACUAAACUAUACGUUUCCGAAUCCUACACCAGGGGAGGAACACCAUACGUUCAAAAAAUUUGGCUUUAUGAUGCCAACGUCACGACCGGAACUAUUUCUGGAAAACGUCUCUUUGUUGACUUUGAAGUUCUCGACGGUACUCAAAAUGUUGACAUUGAUGGAAUGAAGACUGACGUGGCUGGGAAUCUGUGGGUCACUCGACAUGGUGGCAGAGAAGUCGUCGCGUUUGAUUCGACAGGGGCCGUUAUUGCUCGAGUACGACUCACAUUCCCAAAUCCGACCAACCUCGAGUUUGGGGGACCUUCAGGAAGGACCAUCUACGUUGUUGGAAAAUGCGACGGGGCUAAUACCGGAUGCACUGAUACACUCGAAGUUGUCACACCGGGAAGGUCAUGGUCUAAUUUGCAGCCAUCAGGCUCCAGUACGCUAAGCAAAGGGGUAGCAUACGACCGAUUGAGUCGAGAUAUUUUGUGGGGAAUGGUAUUUGGAAAAACUUUGCUAAAUAAUGUCAACAAUUAAGAAGAAAAAAAAUGUUACAAAAUAAACUUGUCACUUUUUCUGAUGAAUAACUA